ACCGCCGGCGCCAGGGGAGGGGGCGCCGUGCGCGGGCCCCGGGAGACGGUGUCUGGGUCUUUAAGAGCCGGCCCCGCCUCCGGCAGCCGCUGACUGGCAGGCGGGUAGCCCAAGCGGGAGGCUGCCGGGGCACGGGCGCAGGGUCGCAGUGCCCCCCUGCCACUCCUCCCAGUAUGGAGCCAGGCGGCCCCGGCCGCGCCCCCGCGGGGUCCCACGCAGGCCAGAGUGGGGUCCACAGGGCUGGCAGGGCCAGGACGGAGAAGACGGUUGGGCCCAGAGGAUGGGAAGCCCCCAAAGGGAAAGCAUGGCAUCACUGCCCCAAGUGCCAGAAGUGCUUCAAGCACAGCUCAUCCCUUCGCACCCACCGGCGCCUGCACACAGGGGAGAAGCCCCAUGUCUGCCCGGACUGCGGGCGUCAGUUCCGCCACGGCUCAUCCCUGUCCACACACCGGCGCCUGCACCAGGGGGAGAAGCCCCACACUUGCCCAGACUGCGGCCGCUGCUUCCGGCAGAGCUCCCACCUCAUCUCCCACCGGCGCCGGCACACAGGCGAACGCCCUUACAUCUGCCCUCACUGCGGGCGCUGCUUUGCCGGGCACUCGGCCUUCACCACCCACCAGUGGAUCCACACGGGCCAGAAGGCCCAUGCCUGCCCAGAGUGUGGGCACAAGUUCCGCCACAGCUCCUCGCUGGCCGCCCACCGCUGGCUGCACACGGGCGAGAAGCCCCAUGCCUGCCCAGACUGUGGGCGCUGCUUUCGCCAGGCCUCCCACCUCAUUGCCCACCACCUCCUACACACUGCCCGUGGUCCCUUCCACUGCCCUGGCUGUGCGAAGGCUUUCCAGCAUGGCACCCAGCUUCUGCGGCACUGCCGGAGGGUGCCGGUGAUGUUUGCAGAGGUUGCCGUGGUAUUCACAACAGCUGAGUGGGCCCUGUUGGAUGAGAGCCAGCGCAUGCUGUACAGGGAGACCACACUGGAGACCUACCAGAACCUGGCCUCCCUGGGGGUCCCUGUCCUCAAGCCCCAUGUUGUAACCUGCCUGGAGCAUGGAGAGGAGCCUGUGGUGGUUGCUGCCCAGGGCCCUGGCGAUGUGGAAACCUCGGCAGGCACCUGCACAGGUGACCCCUGUCUCCCCAUCCCAGGGACUGCCUCAUGUCUGGAUUCUUCAUUACCUCCCAGUGGUGAUGGAUGCCCCAGAAGGUGGGACAUGGACCCCAAGGGCAGCCUGGGGAAGCACUGGCCCUGCGCCAUCCCCAGUCGUGUGCUAGCACAGACUGUUGCUGUGACUCCUAGUGCCAUGCCAGAGAUCCCCCACGGCAGAGCUGCUGCCCCCAGGCCCCUGGGGCACCUGCCCCCCAGACUGGUGCCCUUGCCCUGCCUUCAGGCUGAGGGCAAAGGGCAUGGGGGGCCAGUGCACCCCCAAACCUGCCAGCCUUGGGGGCUUAACAAGUGGCCUGUGCCUGUUGGGCUGGAGCUAGGCCUGACCCAGACCACAGCCCCCUCUGCUAGCCUGAGGCAGAGGCGCCUGGGGAAGCUGCUCUGGACCAAGCCACAUCUGUCACUGUCCAGCCCAGGUUCUACCCCCUAGCGGCCAGGGGCUGUCCUGGGGGAGGGAUCUGGGCCCAUAUGCACAGCCUAGGACAGGGGGGUGAUAAGCUCUCUGGGCAGGAAACUUACGUGGCAGGGGAGGGGUCUCCAGGUGGGGAAGGCCUAUGGACCCCACAGGGAUGGCAGACCCCAGUCAGAUAAGGGGGUUUGGGGGGGGGGGGAAGAGUCUCCUUGACCAUCACUGUCUUGCCCACAUCCCCCUGCUGCACCCUGGGGACCCCUCCCACCCUGGAAGGCAGGCACUGGGGAAGGCUAUGCUGCUAUCCACCCCCCACCCAGCACCAGCCUAAGCCAUGUAGAGCCAAGACCCAUGGGGCUCUGGCUCCUGCCUCCCACCCAGGGCUGAGCCUCUGCCCCAGUUCAUGACAGGCCCCCUCAGAUGCCCUCCAGCAGGUCCCUGGUGCUUCCUCUGGGGUCUGAAAGCAGAGGGGGUUGGGGUGACCGGGAGGCCUGCCCUCUCCCUCCCCCUGAACCAGCCUCCCCAGGGAGGAGGGGGGUCUGGCAGGGGCAGGAGAUGCUAGAGCCUCCCUGAUCCUGGGAGCAUGGGGGGAAGCUGAACAAGGGUGAGUUGGGGGCUCUGGCACAGAUGGGGAAACUCUGGCAUGGGGCUCACCCAGGCUGGGACAGAGCUAGCCUGGGGCUUGGGCCAAGGCUCCCUUCACGCUAGCUCCAGGCAGACAAGGGGGUCAGGGAAGAGCAGGGGUCAGACGGCCUUACAUCUCCCUGCUUUAGGCUGGAAGGUGCAAUCCUCCCCAACCUUUGGCCUGCUGAGCCCCAGCCCCCAGAUUGGGGGGGUGGGGAAAAUCACAGGCUGGGACACAGCUCCCCAGAUGGGGAGGGAGGUCUCACCCCAUGUCUCCCUGCACUGACCCCCGCUCCCAUGGUUUAACCCCAUGAGUGCCAGGACACUGUGAGCACCCCCCCCUCCGCCCCCAGCACCCAUGGACGUCAGAGGCCCAGAGUCCCCUCUGCCCUUGAACUAAUCCCCCCUCCCAGCCCAGCCUGGAUUAACACCCAUAAGACCCGCUGUUCUCUGUCAGCCGCGGACACGACUCGCUUCUGCAGGGCCCAGGAUCAGCCGCGGGCCCCUGGGGCGGGGGUGGGCCCCAGGGGCCCCCCGGGCCCCAGGGUCUGGUUACAGGCUGCCCUUGCUCCAGGGACCCUAUGGCUCCCCCGGGUGCUCCAACCCAUCACCCACAAGCCUGGCACAUACAGGGGUACCCACGUCGCCCUGCCAGGGACCAGGACCCCCCACCUUCCUACCCCAGCUUCUUUCCCCUGCCCUGUCCCGGCCAGCGCCCGGCGGCGGGGGGGGGGGGGUAGAAGGGAAGAGGAAGCCAGGCGGAGGCAGCGGCGAACAAGACAUUUAUUGAGCCUUGCGUACAAGAGCUGGAAAAAUAGAUCCUCUGUUAAUAAAAAGGUGCAAGUUCAAA